AUCGGCUAUGGUCCGCGAUUCGCCGCUGGAGCUCUUCUCUCUCUCUGUCGCUCGCUCGCUCGCUCGCCCGUUCGCUCGGCCGCCUGCUCGCUUACUCAUUCACUCACUCACUCCACUUCACCAGCACGACGCGAAGGCGACGCCGCCCCGUCGCGAUUCGAGCAACGACGACGAGGCGAAUCGGGAUCGACCAGCGCGGAGAGCGUACGGCCAGCCUGCCUUUCGGGAUCGGCUCGGGAAGAUAUCGCGCACGGACGAUGUACGACCCCGUGGAAACACACAGUGGCCCGUGUUCCCCUGACUCCCAGCACUCCGGUUCCGCGUUCCACCGUCCCAUCGACCACCGCCAUGGCGCGCGGCGCGGAGGGGCCGGGAGGGCACAUGCCCACCUCACUUCAGACGUAUACGCGACCGCGAUCGGAAAAUAACUCCGUAUCGCGGGAAUAAUAUCCUCCGCACGUCGCGCGUGGCAUGAGACGGAUGUAACUGAUUAAAGAUUUCGUACGAGUAUCGUCGACGAGCUUCUCGUAUGUCCCGAGAAAGAGAGUGGGAAAGAGAGAGGAGGGGGAGGGAGGGGAACCUGCAGGAAUCGACUUUUCCAACGCCGUCAGUACGGCCUUUCAAGUCUCGCAUAACCUAAAACUGCGAGAGUGCACACCGAACGUUAUUGUUAACUUUCUUCAGAACAUUAUUCCUCUUUGUUGCAUAAUUAGUCACUACGGAAAUCGACGAUACUAUAAGACGAUAGAAAGUAUUCUCCUGCGAAAGCUGAUAAUUCUAUUCUGAAGCAUGUCGGACGACGAGGAUUACAUGUCCGACAAAUUUCUACUGAGCUCUGAAAAAGAUGUCCCACCGAGCCUUAUACAUAGGCACUCUGACAGAAGAGAGCAUGCGUUAAUGAAGAGAAAGGCUGAGAUUGAAUUAAGAAUGAAGGAGAAAAAUAAACCGAUGCGUGUAGUCGAGGCGGAAAAAAGGGAGGAAGGCUUAUCAUCUGCCAUUACUAGUACUAACAAAGGUUUCGAGAUGCUGAUGAAGAUGGGAUAUAAACCUGGAAAGGGCAUAGGCAAGAGCCAAUCAGGAAUGGUCGAGCCGAUUCCUGUGGAAGUGAAGGCUGAUAGGCAGGGUUUGGGCAAGAUAUUGAAGAGAAAAGAAUCGUACAAUGGCAAGGACGCAGAGGCAAAGCUGGAUAAUAUGAACAUGACGGAUUUCCGCAGUAGAAUAGCGCAAGAAAGGGCCGAGCAAUUACAGAAGGUCGAUGUAUACAAGAGCCAAAAAGUGUGCCAAGAAUUGGAUGCCAAAGAGAAUAUCGAGGAGCCUGAGGAAUCGUGGUUCUGGCCGCAAAAUAACGAGGAGGAGACUGACGACGACACCGACGACGAUCGCCGGUCAAAUGACGCUGACGCGGACGACGAAGAGCUCAGCGACUCAGAGAAACUUGAGAUUCUCACGAAAUAUUUAAGGAAGAAGCACUUUUACUGCAUUUGGUGCGGAAUGAAGUUCGACGAUGAGGAGGAUCUGCGAGACAAUUGCCCGGGAAGUACGAGAAACGAUCAUUGAGUGUAAA